AUGCGCUUCCUCGCUCGACUCCUCACCUUAGCUUUUCUGGGUUUCAUUUCCCUGUUGUGGUGGAGGCACCUUCUCUGGAGAAACACAGCACAGAACCAAGGCAGAUUGGCCAUGGAGGAUGCGGAAGAAGAUGUCCCACAGACGUUUGACAGUCUCCUGCAUAUUCAGCAGCUGAGGAAAAAGGCGCUGAGGUCCUUCUGCAGCGAAAGAGGUAAAAUCACCCGACUCCCACCUACCCAACAGGAAGCUUCCCAGGCCCUGUCUUCAAUUAUGGUGGACCACAAACUGCACUUCCUGUAUUGCAAAACCCCAGCCACUGGGGUGGAAGGCUGGGAGCGGCUGUUGGAGAUGCUUCUGGAGAAAAACGUUAGCCUGCAGCUGCCAAUUCCUCACCACCAGCAGUUUGGCAGUCAAAAGGCACUGAGUGAGUAUAACCGGACCUCCAUGGAGGCUAUAAUGCAGUCCUACACCAAAGUGAUGUUUGUCAGGGAGCCUUUCCAGAGACUUAUCUCCGCUUACAUGCAUGGGAUGGCAGACGGCCUAAACUUCAAGGAGUUCGUUCAGUACAUCUUAUACAGCGGGUCCAGGAAUCGCAGCAUGGAGUGGACACCGUCGGUCAGUCUGUGCAGACCGUGCCUCGUGCGGUAUGACUACGUAAUAAUGUUUGGGUUCCUUGACAACGAGGUGCGCCAUUUAAUGCUCCGGGCUGGGCUUCCGGAGAAUAUCCGGAUCCCCGAGUUCAUAGACUCCAAAAUUCGGUGGACCUAUCGCUGGCUAGAAGAGCAGAUGCUCAGCCAACUGUCCCUCAGGGAGAGGAAAGGACUGUGCCACUUUUUCCGGUUUGACUAUCACACAUUUCGCUUUCCCCGCAGUUUGCUCUGGAACCUCACUUGCAUUCCAGGAAGUGGUUAG